AUGGCCAUGCUGCCACUUAUCGUGACGGGCGUCAUGGCUUCGGUCACUAUGGCUGGUACCAUUGACACCCGUAGCCAGCCCGGACAUUCGUGCGGGACCCGGGAUCUCAGCCCGGAGGAGCGCAUGAUGUUCAAGCGUCAGCGGCCGCAGCCCGAUGACAAUCAGCUAAUUGAGCUUGGCGCGGCCAUGACCUUUUGCUGUUCGGGCGCCAACUGCCCUUCUGACAACGUUGCUCAAAACGCCGUGGACCAGAUGAACUCCUUCUAUAAGAUGUGCAAUAUCCAAUUCAAUCUUCAGAACGUCUCCCAAACCCAAGAUCAACGCUGCCAGGCGGGCUUGCAAGAUAACGCUGCCAUGGACAACCUCAAAUCCCAGGUUCACACAGGCAACACGAGCACCCUCAACAUUGUCUACGUAAAUACCAAUCAGGGCGCUGGCGUCAAAGGCGUCUGCGUUAUUCCACAACCCCAAACCAACAUUGCCCAAGCAGUUGGCAGCAAGGAUGGCUGCGUUGUUGCCACUGACACGCUACCGAAGCACAACGGAGGCAACGAUGCCGAUGGCGGCGGAGGAGCCAAGAAGGGGCGGGCAGGUUAUUCGGCCGUCUAUUCAGACGUCAAAAAGACAAUGGCGGCAGAGGCGGCGGCGGCGGUGGUGACGGUGACGCCAGCGGAGCCGCGACUACUUCUACGCACGAAGCGGGACACUGGUUCGGAGAAGUUCACUUUGGGCAGGGCGGUGGCCAAGGGGGUGGCCAGGGCGGCGGCCCGGUCGGUGGCCCUUUUGGCGGCUCCGCUGGUGGUGGGGGCGUAUUUACUAAACGCCAAAAUGCGGGAAACAUCAUGGAGCCCGUCUCGCAACCGGGCAAGCAGUACUCUUUUAACCAAGAGCAGUGCAACCGAAUGCGACAGGUUGCUAUGA